AUGGAGACUAUCACCCUGGGCCAGAUGCUGGAUUCUGCCAUCGGGUCACCAAAGACUGAACCCAUCGACUUCGAGCAACUGCGCAACCUCCUGAAAGCAAUGCUUGUGCAACUGGGCCUGCAGGAUCUGCUCGUCCAGGAGAACGGGGAGCCAGUGGAGGGGGAGGGAGGAGUCUCUAUCCUUGAUGAUUUAAAGCAGAGAGUGGAAGCUAAUGAAAAAGCAAUCGCUGAGAUCAGGGGUCUUUGCCAGGAUCUCCAUGGGCAGUUCGGUGAGAUGAAGGAGGAGCAGUCUCGCAUGUCAGAGAGCCUGCAGAAGAUGCAGGAGACUUUUGACCCGGACAACCUCCAAAAAAUGCUGGAUGAGCUCCGCAGACAGCUGUUGGCAGAACUGAUGGGCGAAGGACCAGAUGACUCGGACUGGGAGGAGGAGGCCGGCCCCAAGCGCACACGCACAUGGAAUGACCCAGGGCUGAUUGUCAUCGGCAAUGAAAUUAUCCUCGCGGAAAGUGACAUGGGACGGAGUGACACGGGACGGAAUGUGCGAUGGAGCGACAUGGGACGGAGCGACACGAUGCAGAGUGACAUGGGAUAUAAUUACAUGGAACAAGCUGACAUGAGACAGCAUAAAGGGAACAAGACCGGCAUCUCCAAGAAGAGUGCGCAUGGUGAUUUCRCCACCUCGGGAAUGCAUCCAGGAGCCCCUGGCACACAACCCUCUGCCCAGCGGGUGCAAGGCUACCCAGGAUUCCAGACCAAYUGGGUGCCAACUGAAAGCGUGGCUGGGACAAGCAGCAAGCACUUUUCAUCCAUGGAUGGAAGAGGAGGCAGACCCGGGAUGGAGCCAGUCCCAGGCAUAGCUGGGAUGAGGCUCCUAAAAAUGCCCUCUUCUGAGUACUUAUCUUCUGAGUCACUUGUGGGGUCGCCUGGCCGACACUCUGAGAUGAUGCGGACCAUGUCACCGAUCCCCGGCCUCUCYGGGCCCUAUGGUGUCAACCAGUCUGAAAUGGAGGAGCAGAGGGACGUGGCACACAGGGCGUAUUCCCGCAGAUCCCCGAUGUACUGUGGGGGCAAACACACCAGCACCUACCCGGGACAGCCCAUGGAGCCRCUCCUCCCAAAUCCCAACCAGCCCGGCGCCUUCGGUCUGGUGGGCAGCGAUGGACUCGUGUACCGGGGCCGGAGUGUGACGGGGCCGAACUGAGCAGGCGACUGCAGCCCGCAGAAAUAAAGGGUGACAGCAGCCGAGCUUCCCGAGUGCUUCCUGAGCCGAGUGGCCUUGGGGCAGGAUCCUCCCUUCACRCACAAGGAGGGCAGCGUCUCCCAUCCUGAACACAGUCCCAGCCCAACCCCUCCAGGGUCUGUCAGUGCAACCCCUCAGUGCUGCUUGUGCCCUUGCCAGGGGAGCCUGUGACCCUAAAAGGGGUCUGGGGUAGCAGGAGCAGCAGGAGGAGGAGGAGGAUGCUCAUUUGCUGCUGGAGAAGGGGGAAAUGGGGACCUCAAUGAGCGAACAGAGUUUGAUGCCAAAAGCGGAUCCCACCCCAAGCUGCUGGUUUGCUGUCGCUUAUCCCAUGGGAUGAGCAUCACUAAGCUGCCUUCCUCAGUGCCAGAAAUCCCCUCUGUCACCCCCUUGUCCCUCCUGCAGCGUUGCCAUUGAURGAAAAGGAAGGCACAAACCCCUCUGCUUCCCACCUCCGACCAACACACCACAGCCUGUCCCUGCUCCCUGAGAGAGGGACACGUCCCCUCCUUCCCUUGKGCCACCCCAAAAGCUUGGGGCUACUUUUCCCCAGCUCCCCCGUGCCACCCACCCCUCACUCUGCAUGGGAAAAGCCCCAGAGUGUGCUGAGACCGAACACAAGUCAUGUCACGAGUGAAGGGGAAGGGAAACCCCGACCCGUGGAGCAGCACAGGCUUGUCCCAGCUGGGCUGGGGACACGUGGAUGUGUUCACAGGGGGCUGGGGAUGUCCCCUCUGCACAAAGGCA